UGGCUGCUGAAAGAAAGGCGGGAGCGUGACGUAGGGCAUCUCUAGCCAAUCAACGAGCAGGAUGUCAGCUGUCCGUUAGGUGCAGGGGGCGGGACUUGUUUGUGUUGUGGAAGUUACUGAAGUGAUAUGGAGACCGAUGAAUGGAGGACGAGAGAAUCCCAGUGAGAUGGAGUCAAGAUAUCUGAAAAAAAGACUGAACACAGCAAAGAAACAGAGAGAUGGGACAUUGUGUGAUAUAGAAGAUCAUCUGUCCAGUGACUCUGAUCAUUCCCUGGGUAGAGCUCCCCUGGUCCUGACAUUGGAAGAUCUGCAGCAGCCCGGUCUCUGUGCUCCCCGGGAGAGUGCAACUAAACAAAGCAACGCCAUGUUUCAUAGAGGCAGUGAAUCCCUCAGAAUGGGGGGUGAUAAGACCGGAUCACUGAGGACUACAGAACAAGAGAAUAAGAAGCUGAGGGACCGGCUUCUUGCACUUCAGGAACAAAAUGCAGUUUUGACAUCUCAGAACCUCUCGCUCAGGAACAGAAUAGAAUCCAUGCAGCUGGGGCUUGCAAAGUGCAAAUCGCAGUCGUCCUCCAGGCCAAUGCGUGAUGUCCGUUCUUAUGGGUCAGCUUUUGGAUCUCGCCCAUCCAGAAUCUUAGACCUGGAGGAACAUGUUGCGAGCUUGGAAGCAGAGUCUGAGGCACAAGAGAAAGCGUUGAGGAUUGCUGAAGAUAAAUUAGCUGAAAAUGUCCGUAAAAUUGCAGAAAAAGAUCAAAUCUUACAAAAGUUCAGAGAGGAAAUGAAAAAACUGAAAGUGGAGCUCUACGAAUCUAAUAAAUCGUGUAAACGGGCAGAGAAACAAAGAAACGAAGCGCUGCUGAACGCUGAAGAGCUGACCCGAGCCUUCCAACAGUACAAGAAGAAUGUGGUCGAGAAGCUGGAAACUGUUAAGACUGAAGGAGAUCUGAUGAAUAAGAAUCUGCAGACCUGUGUAAGAGAGCGGGAGGAAUUACUGGAGAAGUGCAAGAAUCUGGACAAUGAGCUGGAAACCAACAGGGAGCAUUUAAGAAAGAUCAUGUCUGAAACAUCAGAGGAGAAAGAGAAACAGAAAAGUGUGGAGAUGAAGAAUCUAGAGCUUAUUUCUCUCCUGACUCAGUCUAAUCAGAGGGUCCUGAGACUUGAGAGCGAUCUGGAAAAUAAAGAGAAGGUGCUGACUAACAACGUUAGUCUUCUGCAGGAAAACAAGGAGUUAAAAGAGUACAUCGCAGAAAAAGUGAACCAGAACCGAAUAAAGUCAGAGGACAUAGAGUCACAUUUACAGAAAGACUUUUCAGAACCUAUAAGAAGAAACAUGUCAGAAAACAUAAAGGAGUCAAAUCUCGAGAAUAGCAAAUCACUUAUCGCAGAACUGAGAGCAAAAUUAUCAAAGAAAGAAGCGGAAAAUCAGGAUCUUCAAGCUAAACUUCUUAGCACAUGCAGCAGUCACCCGCUGGACACCGAACCAGUGAAAUUAUCUUUACAGCAGUCAGAAGCAGAGAAAUGCCAGCAUCUGGAGUCAGUGAGCAAACAGCUGCAAGAAGAGAACGACAGACUGACCGAAGCUGUGAAGGAAUUGAAGCGAAAACUCAGUAAAGCCCAAGCUGAAACUGCAAACACCAAGCUCUCCAUGGCUCAGAGGACCAGCCAGUUCCAGCUCAUCCAGGAAGAGUUAUUGGAGAAAGCAUCAAAAACAACCAAGCUAGAACAGGAGAUGAUAAAGAAAACUCUGAAGAUCACCUCGCUCCAGAAGUUACUGGAAGAGAAGUCUGAGGCGUAUUCAUGUGCUGCAGCGAGGAACGCGCGACUGGAGCAGGAACUAAUGGAUUUUAAAGCUCACAUCUGUCACUUGGAAGAGAACAUUAGUAAAGAGCAUCAAGAAGUUAUUUUGGCAUUCGAGAAAUCAAAGAGUCUUUAUUGUGAGCAACACAAUGAUCUCCUGAGACAGACUGAGCAGCUUAAGUGUGAGCUGGAAUUGAAGAACCUGGAGGUGGCGGAGCGAGAGUUAACCAUCAAUAGCCUGCAGGAAGACGCCGCAUCGAAACAGCUGCAGCUGGAGUCCCUGGAUAACGUCCUGGUGGACACAAGGAAGCACAGACCUAAAACUCUGCACCAAUCACUGGUCGCUGUGGUGGCCUCCGCUGCAGCACUCGCACAGGACGUACAGAGAUUCAGGACCCAGGAGGAACCCAGUUGGAACAUGAGCAGCAGAGUAUUGGAACUGGAGCUGCAAAGAAAAGGAGCAGCUGAAGAAAUGAGAGAACUUGAGACCCAGCUAGAGACUGAAGCAAAGAAGGUUAAACAGCUUGAAUCAGCCUUAGCACUGUGCAAAGAAGAACUUGGAUCAUAUUUACAGCAGCUGGAAGAGAACCGAGAACGUUUCCAAAGUCAGAGCAAGAAAAGGUCAGAAGAGGUCCAGUGCUUACAGAGGGACAUUAAGUUAAGAACUCAAAGCCUUCAGGAAAUCACAGAGGAGAACGUGCGUCUCCAGCAGACCCUACAGCAGCAGCAACAGAUGCUCCAGCAGGCAACUACCAGAAUUGGGGAUCUGGAAGACACACAGGCCGAGCUGGAGAAACAGAUCUCCAACUUAGAAUUUGAUCUUGAGAAACAGCGGUCGUCUUCUCGAGUGGAUCUGGCAGCGGCUGAGGAGAAGCUUUAUGUGGCUAAUAAGGACUUGUCCUGCAAAGCUCAUCAGGUUCACGAGUUAAGUGACAUGGUUAGUCAGCUGAAGGCCGAAAUGGACCAUUGUAAAGAAAAGCUGAGCCAGGCAGAAAUACAUCUGAUGUCCGCCACGGCCGAUGUGGAGUCCAAGAGAGAUAAACUGAGUCAGAUGGAGCUGAUGUUACAGAGGACACAAGUAGAUCUGAGCGAUAAAAGCCAGCUUGUGACUUUGCUUCAAGAGAGAGUAACCAUUGCUGAGAACGAUCUGAUGAAAAAAGGAGAGAUGGAGUCAGAACUGGAGAACAACGUAAGACUAGUGGAGGAGCUGCAGGAGACGCUCUCAAAGACUCAUCUGUCAGUGGAGGAGAAGGACGCGAUUAUACAAACCCUAAGAGAAGAAAUAAGAACAUGUAAGGCUGAGAUGGAAGAGAAAGACCACGAGCUGCUUGAUUUGGACCAGGCCCUAAAAGACCGGAACUGGGAGCUAAAUCAGAGAGCAACACAAAUCACUCAGUUGGACAUAAGUAUUCGGGAACACAAGGAGGAGCUACAACAAAAAAUUACACAGCUGGAAAGUUCCCUGAAGAAAUGUGAAAUGGAAACCAAAGACCAGAAGAGACAGAUUUCAACUCUUGAUGAAAAACUACAAGAAGCGCGGGAUCAGCUGCGGGAGAAAGACUUCGAGUUGUUACAGAAAGAACAACACGUAACCCAGCUACUGAAGGAAAGCGAGAAAACACGGCGAACGCUGAAUGAAAUGGAGCAGACCCUGAGAGAACAGAAGAAACACAUCUCGGAGCAGCAGCGAGAGGGUCAGGAUGUGAGCCAGCAGGUGAGGCUGACAGCGGAACGGCUGCAGAUCUGUCAGCUGGAGCUCCUGGAGGCCCGACAGCAGCUGGUCGAGGCUCAGAAGGAAUCAGACCGGCUUACCCGUAAGCUGGAGGCGAUGGAUCGUAUGUCUAGAGAAGAGCUGCAGCAUGUGAAACACGAUCUGGAUGAUGCACAUGAUACAAUCGCUAAUUUAAAAACUGAACUUGAAGCUAGAAACGAGGUGAUCAAAGCAACGAAUGAAGUUCUGAUCCUGAAGGAAUCAGAGUUGACCAGACUAAAAGCUCAUAUUUCGGGGUAUGAACGCUCCCUCGCCCUCAAGCAGAUGCCAGACCCCUCCUCAGGUUCUCCUGAUGUAUAUGGUGACCGCCAUGCCCUGGAAUCCUAUAAACUUCCAAAAUCAUGUGAUAUGGACUGGAAGGCGCCCCAUUCUAUAAGUGAUCUCAGCCUGUCUGACGUGAGCUCCGUAGACUUCAGAGAUAAGAAUGAAGACAUGAAAAACUUGUCUGAUUCUGCACUAGGAGGAAUCCUCAGUGACAAGGGCUCCUGUGCACCCUCAGAUAACUUUAAUGAAACCUCAUUUAAUCCAUUAGAGUAUAAUGUCGAUCACUGUGAUAAAUCUGACUCUCCGGAUCUGGGCACUCUCAGCGGUAUGCUCAAGUACAUUAAAGAAGAGAUGAAACUUAAUCAUAACCCGAACGGGAAUCAAUGACAAACUCCAAGGAAAUCAGGACACUGCACCAUCUGCACCCGUAUGAUCCACGUAGAAUGUUUGUAUGUUUUUUUUUUAUAUUUGUAUAACGUGUACAUUCUGAUAUUUAUUUGUAUAAAAUAUUUGUCUUUUUCUAUUGUUUUUAUGCGGCUUCGUUUUCUGUGUCUAAAUGUUUUCUUGGCGAGAAAUCAAGUUCACGUGUAAUAAAGUAAC